CCGAGUAAAGUGAGAGCUGGGAACAGCCCUCUAUUAAGUAGCCCGCGGCGCGGAGUCUUUCCCACUUGGCGCAGGCGAGCGGCCCAGACGCGCCCGCACGCCCGCCGCUGCCGUCCCGGGCAGUCCCCGGUCCCGCCGCGCCUGCAGCUCCUCCUGGGAUCCUCCUGCUCCUCCUCCCGGACCUCCCCGCUGCUGCCCACGCCCAGGCGGCCGCCAGGUGCUCUUGGAGCAGAGCAGCGCCUGACACCCGAGAGUGCUGGGGUCGCACAGAGCGCCAGCUUCUCCGACGCCGGGAGCCGCUGCCGCCGCUGCUACCUCGUAGCUGCCGCCGCCUCAGAUCCCUUCAUGUGGCUGUGAGCUCAGAGGCCGAGCAUGCGGACCCGGCUUCCCCCAGCGCUCGCCGCCCUGGGCGCGGCCUUGCUCCUGUCUUCCAUUGAGGCAGAAGUUGACCCACCUUCAGACUUGAAUUUUAAAAUUAUAGAUGAAAACACUGUUCAUAUGUCAUGGGCAAGACCGGUUGAUCCAAUUGUGGGUUAUCGAAUAACGGUGGACCCCACAACAGAUGGGCCCACUAAAGAAUUUACCCUUGCAGCUAGUACCACUGAGACUUUAUUAUCAGAUCUUAUACCUGAAAUAGAAUAUGUGGUAACAUUAACUUCUUAUGAUGAAGUAGAAGAGAGUGUCCCAGUGAUAGGCCAGCUGACAAUUCAAACAGGUGGUUCAACAAAGCCGGCGGAGAAGAAACCUGGAAAAACAGAGCUACAGAAAUGCUCUGUCAGUGCCUGGACUGACUUGGUUUUCCUUGUGGAUGGCUCCUGGAGUGUGGGAAGAAAUAAUUUCAAGUACAUUUUAGACUUUAUUGCUGCACUGGUGUCUGCUUUUGACAUUGGGGAAGAGAAGACAAGGGUUGGAGUUGUUCAGUACAGCUCCGAUACCAGGACUGAAUUUAACUUAAAUCAGUACUACCAACGGGAUGAACUUCUUGCUGCAAUUAAAAAAAUACCAUACAAAGGUGGAAACACAAUGACAGGGGAUGCCAUUGAUUAUUUAGUUAAAAAUACUUUCACGGAGUCUGCUGGAGCAAGAGUUGGCUUUCCCAAAGUGGCCAUUGUUAUUACGGAUGGAAAAUCCCAGGAUGAAGUGGAGAUUCCAGCAAGAGAGCUUCGUAAUAUUGGGGUUGAAGUGUUCUCUUUGGGCAUUAAAGCGGCAGAUGCCAAAGAACUCAAACAAAUCGCCUCCACACCUUCGCUGAACCACGUUUUCAACGUGGCCAACUUUGAUGCCAUUGUGGAUAUUCAGAAUGAGAUCAUUUCCCAGGUGUGCUCAGGUGUUGAUGAACAACUCGGUGAACUGGUUAGUGGAGAAGAAAUUGUCGAGCCUGCUUCAAAUUUGAUUGCCACGGAAGUCUCAUCGAAAUAUAUGAAGGUAAAUUGGAAUCCAUCUCCUAGCCCAGUGACCGGCUAUAAAGUUGUCCUCACACCAAUGACUGCGGGAAGCCGACAACAUGCUCUGAGUGUGGGGCCUCAAACAACCAUGCUCAGCGUCCGUGACCUCUCAGCGGACACAGAAUACCAGAUCAGUGUUUUUGCCAUGAGGGGGGUGACAUCCAGUGAACCCAUUUCAAUAAUGGAGAAGACUCAGCCAAUGAAAGUUCAAGUGGAAUGCUCACGUGGUGUGGAUAUAAAAGCUGAUAUUGUGUUUCUGGUUGAUGGUUCCUAUAGCAUCGGGAUUGCAAAUUUUGUGAAAGUUCGAGCCUUUCUGGAAGUUCUUGUAAAGAGUUUUGACAUUUCACCAAAUAGGGUACAGAUAAGUCUUGUCCAAUAUAGCCGCGAUCCUCACACUGAGUUCACUUUGAAAAAAUUCAACAAGGUUGAAGAUAUAAUUGAAGCCAUAAACACCUUCCCCUACAGAGGCGGCUCUACAAACACUGGCAAAGCAAUGACUUACGUCAGAGAGAAAAUAUUUGUGCCUAGCAAGGGUUCAAGAAGCAAUGUACCGAAAGUCAUGAUUCUUAUCACUGAUGGGAAAUCAUCGGAUGCUUUCAGAGAUCCUGCUAUAAAACUAAGGAAUUCGGAUGUUGAAAUCUUCGCAGUUGGUGUGAAGGAUGCUGUUCGCUCAGAAUUGGAAGCAAUUGCCUCUCCUCCUGCUGAGACCCACGUGUUCACAGUGGAAGACUUUGACGCUUUUCAGAGGAUAUCUUUUGAACUCACACAGUCUAUCUGUCUUAGAAUUGAACAAGAAUUGGCAGCUAUAAAGAAAAAAGCUUAUGUGCCUCCAAAGAAUCUUAGUUUUUCUGAGGUGACUUCUUAUAGUUUCAAAGCUGACUGGUCUCCAGCUGGAGAAAAUGUUUUUUCAUAUCACGUCACCUACAAGGAAGCUGGUGGAGAUGACGAGGUCACGGUGGUGGCACCAGCACCCAGCACUAGUGUUGUUCUCAACAGUCUGAAGCCAGAGACUCUGUACUUGGUCAACGUGACUGCAGAGUAUGAGGAUGGCUUCAGUGUCCCCUUAGCCGGCGAGGAGACCACUGCAGAAGUAAAAGGAGCACCUCGAAACCUAAAGGUGACAGAUGAAACGACAGAUAGUUUUAAAAUUACCUGGACUCAAGCUCCAGGGAGAGUUUUAAGGUAUCGAAUUAUAUACAGACCAGUUGCUGGUGGAGAAAGCAAAGAAGUUGUCAAUCCACCCAACCAGAGGAGGAGAACACUCGAGAGCCUGACUCCAGACACAAAAUAUGAAGUCUCUGUGAUUCCCGAGUACAUCUCAGGACCUGGGUCUGCAGUGACUGGGAACGCAGCCACCGAGGAAGUUAGAGGGAAUCCAAGGAACUUAAGAGUUUCUGAUCCUACGACAUCAACUAUGAAGUUAUCUUGGAGUGAAGCGCCAGGAAAAGUGAAGCAGUAUCUUGUCACAUACACCCCCGUGGCAGGAGGUGAAACUCAAGAGGUCACUGUGGAGGGAGGCACCACCAGUACCGUGCUGCGGGGGUUAGAGGAGGGGACACGGUAUGCCUUAUCUGUGACGGCCUUGUAUUCAUCGGGCGCUGGAGAUGCCCUUUCUGGAGAAGGAACAACACUGGAAGAACGUGGUUCACCUCGAGAUUUAGUUACCAAAGACAUCACGGACACAUCAAUUGGGGCUUAUUGGACGUCUGCUCCUGGAAUGGUUCGUGGUUACAGGGUCUCGUGGAAAUCUCUUUAUGAUGAUGUUGAGGCUGGAGAAAAAAGUCUUCCUGGAGAUGCAAUUCAUACUCUGAUAGAAAAUCUGCAGCCAGAGACCAAAUACAAAAUUUCAGUAUUUGCAACUUACAGCAGUGGAGAAGGAGAACCUUUGACUGGAGAUGCCACAACUGAAUUAUCUCAAGACUCCAAAACCUUAAAAGUGGAUGAAGAAACAGAAAGCUCGAUGAGAGUCACGUGGAAAGCAGCGCCGGGGAAAGUUGUCAACUACCGCGUGGUGUAUCGCCCCCAGGGGGGAGGAAGACAAAUGGUGGCGAAGGUGCCCCCCACGGUCACGUCCACAGUGCUGAAGCGACUGCAGCCCCAGACCACGUACAACAUCACAGUUCUCCCCAUUUACAAGGCAGGAGAAGGAAAGCUUAGGCAAGGGUCAGGAACAACAGCGUCUCGUUUUAAGUCUCCCAGAAACCUCAAAACAUCUGACCCGACGAUGUCCAGCUUCCGAGUGACUUGGGAGCCUGCCCCUGGGGAAGUGAAGGGUUACAAAGUCACAUUCCACCCUACGGGCGAAGACAGAAGGCUGGGGGAGUUAGUGGUUGGACCCUAUGACAACACAGUUGUUUUGGAGGAACUUAGGGCAGGCACCACCUAUAAAGUCAAUGUUUUUGGAAUGUUUGAUGGAGGAGAAAGUUUACCACUCGUUGGACAAGAAAUGACAACCCUUUCUGACACAACUGUCAUGCCAAUUUUAUCUUCUGGGAUGGAGUGCCUCACUAGAGCCGAGGCAGACAUCGUGUUGCUGGUGGAUGGAUCCUGGAGCAUCGGCCGGGCCAAUUUUAGAACUGUGAGGAGUUUCAUUUCUCGUAUUGUGGAAGUCUUUGAGAUUGGCCCCAAAAGAGUACAAAUUGCCCUUGCUCAGUACAGUGGGGAUCCCCGAACAGAGUGGCAGUUAAAUGCUUACAGAGACAAGAACAGCCUGUUGCAGGCAGUGGCCAACUUACCGUACAAAGGAGGCAACACUCUCACAGGCAUGGCUUUGAAUUUCAUUCGCCAGCAGAACUUCAAGACCCAAGCUGGCAUGAGGCCUCGAGCUCGCAAAAUUGGGGUUCUCAUUACUGAUGGAAAAUCACAAGACGACGUGGAGGCACCUUCAAAAAAACUCAAGGAUGAAGGCGUGGAGCUCUUUGCUAUAGGUAUUAAAAACGCUGAUGAGGUCGAGUUAAAGAUGAUUGCAACUGACCCUGACGACACCCACGCGUACAACGUGGCAGAUUUUGAGUCACUCUCCAGGAUUGUGGACGACCUCACCAUUAACUUGUGCAACAGUGUCAAAGGUCCAGGUGACUUGGAAGCCCCUUCUAACUUAGUUAUUUCUGAGCGAACCCAUCGUUCUUUUAGAGUGAGCUGGACGCCUCCCUCUGACAGUGUGGACCGAUACAAGGUGGAAUACUACCCGGUUUCUGGAGGAAGACGCCAAGAAUUUUAUGUCAGCCGACUUGACAGGAGCACAGUGCUGAAGGAUCUGAAGCCAGACACCGACUACGUUGUCAAUGUGUAUUCCGUGGUGGAGGACGAGUACAGUGAGCCUCUGAAAGGCACAGAGAAAACCUUGCCAGUCCCUGUGGUCAGCCUCAACAUUUACGACGUGGGCCCCACCACCAUGCGCGUGCAGUGGCAGCCUGUAGGGGGAGCUACUGGCUACCUCUUGUCCUACCAACCCACUCAGGCUGCAGAACCGACAAAACCCAAAGAGAUGCGUGUGGGGCCCGAGGUGAGUGAUGUGCCACUGACGGACCUGUCUCCCGACACUGAGUAUGCCGUCACGGUCCAGGCCGCCCUGCAUGACCUCACUAGUGAGCCUGUCACCGUCCGGGAAGCCACCUUGCCUUUGCCCAGACCUCAGGAUCUCAAACUCAGAGACGUGACUCACAGCACCAUGAGUGUCUUUUGGGAACCCGUGCCCGGGAAAGUGCGUAAAUACAUCGUUCGGUAUAAAACACCAGAAGAGGAUGUCAAAGAGGUAGACGUGGACAGAUCACGGACAAGCACCUCUCUCAAAGAUCUGUUGUCACAAACCUUGUACACGGUCAGUGUUUCCGCAGUGUAUGAUGAAGGCGAGUCCCCUCCAGUGACUGCUCAAGAAACUACCCGAUCUGUGCCAGCCCCAACAAACCUAAGAAUUACUGACGUAACACCAGAGAGUUUCAGAGGCACUUGGGAUCAUGGAGCUACAGACGUGUCUCUCUACAGGAUAACGUGGGCACCUGCGGGAAGCUCAGAUAAGAUGGAGACCAUCCUAAAUGGAGAUGAAAAUACUUUGGUAUUUGAAAACCUGAACCCCAACACUCUCUAUGAAGUUUCCGUGACUGCCAUCUAUCCCGAUGAGUCGGAGAGCGAUGACCUGAUUGGCAGUGAGCGCACACCUCGUUUGAUACCCAUAACAACACCAGCUCCCAAAAGUGGCCCCCGCAACCUUCAGGUGUACAAUGCCACGUCUAACAGCUUGACGGUGAAGUGGGAUCCUGCUAGUGGUCGUGUGCAGAAGUACAGAAUCAUUUAUCAGCCUUCAUCGGGGGAAGGCAAUGAACAAACGACCACAAUAGGAGGACGACAGAACAGUGUGGUCCUGCAGAAACUGAAGCCCAACACACCUUAUACAAUCACUGUGUCCUCUCUCUAUCCCGACGGUGAAGGAGGUCGGAUGACGGGGCGAGGAAAGACCAAACCUCUGAACACCGUGAGGAACCUGAGAGUGUAUGAUCCUUCUACCAGCACCUUGAAUGUGCGCUGGGACCACGCGGAGGGAACUCCUCGGCAGUACAAGCUCUUCUAUGCACCGACAGCAGGUGGUCCAGAGGAACUGGUACCAAUCCCUGGGAAUACCAAUUAUGCCAUUCUUAGGAACCUGCAGCCGGAUACCGCAUACACCGUCACGGUAGUUCCUGUUUAUGCUGACAGCGAGGGGGGCCGCACAUCAGAUACUGGAAGGACUUUGGUGAGAGGGCUGGCAAGAAAUGUCCAGGUGUACAAUCCGACACCCAACAGCCUGGAUGUGCGCUGGGACCCUGCGCCCGGGCCUGUGCAGCAGUACAGUAUUAGGUAUUCCCCUGUGGCUGGCACGAGACCCUCAGAAUCUAUCGUGGUGCCAGGAAAUAGCCGCUCGGUGCACCUGGAGCAGCUGACCCCAGACACCCUCUACUCUGUGGACAUUGUGGCUGUCUACUCAGACGGAGAGGGGAAUCCCAGCCCUGCCCAGGGCCAAACGCUUCCACGGAGUGGACCACGGAAUCUGAGAGUGUCUGGGGAGACGACCAACAGCCUCUCUGUCACCUGGGACCACGCUGACGGGCCGGUUCGGCAGUACAGGAUCAUCUAUUCCCCGACUGUCGGGGACCCCAUUGAUGAAUAUACCACAGUCCCAGGCAGAAGGAACAAUGUAAUACUGCAGCCUCUGCAAUCUGAUACUCCGUAUAAAAUCACUGUUACUGCUGUGUAUGAAGAUGGUGAUGGCGGCCAUCUAGUAGGAAAUGGAAGAACUGUGGGACUGCUUCCUCCUCAGAACAUACACAUCUCUGAUGAAUGGUACACGAGAUUCAGAGUGUCCUGGGAUCCUUCACCUUCUCCGGUUCUUGGAUAUAAAAUUGUGUAUAAGCCAGUGGGUUCCAAUGAGCCCAUGGAAGUCUUUGUUGGAGAAGUGACAUCAUACACUUUACACAAUCUCAAUCCCAGCACCACCUAUGAUGUGAACGUUUAUGCUCAGUAUGACUCUGGACUCAGUGUCCCCUUGACAGAUCAAGGCACCACACUAUAUUUAAAUGUAACCGAUCUGAAAACUUACCAGAUUGGAUGGGAUACAUUUUGUGUCAGAUGGUCACCUCACCGGGCAGCCACGUCCUACAGGCUUAAACUAAGCCCUGCUGAUGGAACCAGAGGACAGGAAAUCACAGUGCGGGGAUCGGAAACCAGUCACUGCUUCACUGGCCUGUCACCAGAGACCGAUUAUGGCGUCACUGUUUUCGUGCAGACACCAAAUCUUGAGGGACCAGGUGUCCUUGUCAAAGAACAUACCACCGUCAAGCCAACAGAAGCCCCUACAGAGCCCCCCACGCCACCUCCCCCUCCCACCAUCCCACCAGCCCGGGACGUUUGCAAAGGCGCCAAGGCAGAUAUUGUGUUCUUGACUGACGCCUCCUGGAGUAUUGGAGAUGAUAAUUUUAACAAAGUUGUAAAAUUCAUUUUCAAUACCGUGGGAGGCUUUGACGAAAUCAGUCCCGCUGGGAUUCAGGUUUCGUUUGUGCAGUACAGUGAUGAGGUCAAGUCCGAGUUCAAGCUGAACACGUACAAUGACAAGGCCCUGGCCCUCGGGGCCCUCCAGAAUAUUAGGUACAGAGGAGGAAACACGAGAACAGGUAAGGCCCUCACGUUUAUCAAGGAGAAGGUCUUGACCUGGGAGAGCGGCAUGAGGAAGAAUGUCCCCAAGGUGUUGGUGGUGGUCACAGAUGGCCGAUCACAGGACGAGGUCAAGAAGGCAGCUCUGGUCAUCCAGCAGUCCGGGUUCAGUGUCUUCGUAGUUGGCGUGGCCGACGUGGACUAUAACGAGCUUGCCAACAUUGCCAGCAAACCCAGCGAACGGCAUGUCUUCAUUGUGGAUGACUUCGAGUCUUUUGAGAAGAUUGAGGACAAUCUUAUUACAUUUGUUUGUGAAACUGCCACUUCAAGUUGCCCACUUAUUUAUUUGGAUGGCUACACCUCACCAGGUUUUAAGAUGCUUGAAGCAUACAACCUGACAGAAAAGAAUUUUGCAUCUGUUCAAGGUGUAUCUUUGGAGUCAGGGUCUUUCCCCAGCUACUCAGCUUACAGGCUUCAGAAGAAUGCAUUUGUCAAUCAGCCAACAGUAGAUCUGCACCCCAAUGGACUCCCUCCUUCAUACACAAUUAUAUUAUUGUUCAAACUUCUUCCGGAAACUCCCACUGAACCUUUUGCAAUUUGGCAAAUCACAGACAGAGACUACAGACCACAAGUGGGCGUGAUCGCAGACCCUUCUAGCAAGACAUUGUCCUUUUUUAACAAGGAUACAAGAGGCGAGGUACAAACUGUUACGUUUGACACGGAUGAAGUAAAGACAUUAUUUUAUGGAAGUUUUCAUAAGGUUCACAUUGUUGUGACUUCAAAAAGUGUUAAGAUUUACAUUGAUUGCUAUGAAAUUAUAGAAAAAGACAUCAAAGAAGCUGGAAAUAUCACGACGGAUGGUUAUGAAAUUCUUGGGAAACUCCUGAAAGGGGAGAGGAAAUCAGCUGCAUUUCAAAUCCAGAGUUUUGACAUUGUCUGCAGCCCGGUGUGGACCAGCAGAGACAGAUGCUGUGAUAUUCCCUCUAGGAGAGAUGAAGCAAAAUGCCCCGCUCUUCCAAAUGCCUGCACGUGCACACAGGACAGCAUUGGACCCCCAGGCCCACCAGGCCCUGCAGGAGGACCAGGCGUGAAAGGUCCCAGAGGGGAAAGAGGUAUCAGUGGGGCAAUUGGGCCCCCUGGUCCUCGUGGAGAUACAGGUCCUCCAGGCCCCCAGGGUCCUCCAGGCCCUCAGGGACCCAAUGGACUCUCUAUUCCGGGAGAACAAGGUCGCCAAGGGAUGAAAGGGGAUGCUGGAGAGCCAGGGCUCCCGGGCCGGACAGGCUCUCCGGGAUUACCUGGCCCACCAGGACCAAUGGGACCUCCAGGAGAUCGAGGCUUCACUGGAAAAGACGGUGCCAUGGGACCCAGGGGCCCACCUGGGCCACCGGGAAGCCCAGGCUCUCCAGGAGUCACGGGACCGAGCGGGAAACCAGGAAAGCCCGGGGAGCACGGCAGGCCGGGUCCAUCUGGAUUGAAAGGAGAGAAAGGUGAUAGAGGAGACAUUGCUUCCCAGAACAUGAUGCGAGCAGUUGCAAGACAAGUCUGUGAACAGUUAAUAAGCGGUCAAAUGAACAGAUUCAAUCAGAUGCUCAAUCAGAUUCCAAAUGAUUACCACUCCAGUAGGAACCAACCAGGGCCCCCUGGACCUCCUGGACCCCCUGGCAGUGCAGGAGCCAGAGGGGAGCCAGGACCUGGGGGGCGCCCGGGCUUCCCAGGCACACCAGGCACGCAGGGACCGCCUGGAGAACGAGGUUUGCCAGGAGAGAAAGGUGAAAGGGGGAUUGGAUCUCCAGGACCUCGAGGGCUGCCUGGUCCCCCCGGUCCACAAGGAGAAUCCAGAUCAGGUCCACCAGGGUCCACAGGUUCCAGAGGUCCUCCUGGCCCCCCUGGUCGUCCUGGAAACUCAGGUAUCCGAGGGCCCCCAGGUCCUCCUGGGUACUGUGAUUCGUCCCAGUGUGCCAGCAUCCCAUACAACGGCCAAGGCUAUCCAGAGCCCUACGUGCCCGAGGGCGGGGCCUACCUGCCCGAGCGCGAGCCCUUCAUCGUGCCGGUGGAGCCCGAGCGCAGCGCGGACUACGAGGACUACGGCGCCGACGAGCCCGGGGAGGAGCCACUUGCCCCUGCGCGCUGGCGGCGCGCCCUGCCCCACGGCCCCGGGCGGCGACCCUGAGACGCGCGCCCCGGGGGGAGGUGCGGGGACGCUCGGGCGGGUCAGACAGAGCAGAGCCGGCGUUUCCAGACGGGGUCAGACACAGCAGAGCCCGCGUUUCCAGACAUCGCUUCUUCUCGGCGGUUUCAGCCGGGG